UCUCAGUACUGGCUGUCUUGUUACAAAGGAAAACAAUAAACUACUGGACCCAAGAUCACAGGCGUAGCCUACUGAUCAAGAAUGCGCUUAAUUGGAGUACACUGGCGAGGUGUCCCUUGCAUCACCGCCGGGAUCACGUUUUCGUAAUGUUCAAUACUUCGGGCGUCGAUCCCACUUCCAAUAAGAGAGAGGAUGUUUCCGAAGUUAUCAAUGGCACUCUGGAGCUUUUCUAUAACGUCCUGGUCACAGCUGGUCCAACAGCCAUGUGGAACGAUACGUGCGGGGAGACACUACUUGAUUUCGGCAGUGGAGAGAAGAUAAUAAUCGGAGUGAUGUUGGCUAUCAUCACAGCGGUCACGGUGAUGGGAAACACACUGGUUGUCAUAGCGGUUUGCGUGGUGAAAAAAUUAAGACAACCGUCAAACUAUCUUCUUGUGUCCCUGGCUGUGGCAGACCUCUCCGUGGCCAUAGUUGUCAUGCCCUUUGUUAUAGUGACAGACCUAACUGGAGGCAAGUGGCUUUUUGGGGAGGUGUUUUGCAACAUCUUCAUUGGUAUGGAUGUAAUGUGCUGCACAGCCUCCAUCAUGACCCUGUGCGUGAUCAGUGUUGACAGGUAUCUGGGGAUCACCCGCCCCCUCACAUACCCAGCCAGGCAGAACGGCCAGCUGAUGGCCAAGAUGAUCCUGGGGGUGUGGCUGGUGUCCGCCUCCAUCACCCUGCCACCCUUCUGCGGCUGGGCCAAGAACGUCCACGCGGGCGGCGUGUGCCUCAUCAGCCAGGACUUUGGUUAUACCAUCUACUCCACGGCUGUGGCCUUCUACAUCCCCAUGCUCGUCAUGCUCUUCAUGUACUACAAGAUUUUCAGGGCCGCCCGCAAGAGCGGCCUCAAGCACCGCUUCACCGACUUCACCCGGCGCGAGCGGCUGGAGACGGUGGCAAGCGAGGCACUGAGGAUGCAGGGCCUGAAGCCGCAGGGCGUGGCCGAGGAAUGUGCGGUGCUGUCCCGUCUGCUGACCCGCGAGCGCCGCAACAUCUCCAUCUUCAAAAGGGAGCAGAAGGCUGCCACCACGCUGGGGGUGAUCGUGGGCGUGUUCUCCAUCUGCUGGCUGCCCUUCUUCAUCCUGUCCACGGCCAGGCCCUUCAUCUGCGGAGUGGAGUGCAGCUGUGUGCCCAUCUGGCUGGAGAGGUUCCUCCUCUGGCUGGGCUACGCCAACUCCCUCAUGAACCCCUUCAUCUAUGCCUUCUUUAACCGGGACCUGCGCUCCACCUACAAGGAUCUGCUGCGUUGCCGCUACCGCAACAUCAACCGACGCCUGUCCGCCGUAGGUGUGCACGAGGCCCUUAAGGUGUAGGAGGAAGAGGAAUUUCUAAUCCUGUCCUCAUUGUAAAGACUACUGGCUGCUACUCUUUGUGAUUGUAUAAUAGAGGCUGAGGGAUGACCUGUGACCUGUGGCUGUAGAUAAAGACAGAGACAGACUGUUAAUACCUCUCUAACCCGCUGUAGAGACACAGAGACAAGGCCAUCACUUAGGUCUGUGUCUGUCUGACACACACAGUCAUUCUAUUUUGGGACACAAAACCAUAGACCGUAUUUGACGGCCUAUUUAAGUUGACACUGGCUUUGUGCAUAUGCUACAAUUCAGUCCUGACUUCAUAUUCAUGUCAGGAAGAUGAUGCAUUGACUUGGGAAAUCACAUGCGGACCCUGGCGAUAAUUCUAGGUCAUUAAAAGCAUGGGCUGCAAAUGGAUUUCUGCACAAUGACAUUUGCUAAAUUAAUGCUUGCGCAAGGGGUGCCAUUGGCUGUUGACUUAAACCAGUGAAGGUCACAGAAUCUGUAUCUAUGUAAAUGUUUCCAGUUCAACUUGUCUGUCGUCUAGUAGGUGAUGAUGGUGAACAAUUGAAAGUG